GAACUCAAGCGUUCAACGAAUCAAAGGCCGGGUCGUUAUUUUCUCACAAGCAAAAGGAAAAAACUAGUCCACAUUGAUGAACCACCACUAGAAAAAUUCUUGAAGCACAGACAGUCCCACAAGUUUCCUAUCGAUCCCAAACUCUUCUUUAUUAUAUAAAUCUGAAAAGAAACACUUAAGUUUCUUUAAGUCGAGAGAUAUGGCUUCCAGUUCAAGAAGAGACAUGGACGUGUCUCUCUUCUUCUUUUUCUCCUUCCUCUUAACUCUCACUGCUUUAGUUGAAUCUGCUGGCCGUGGAGUUACCAACAAUGAUAACAAAAAUGGAGGAUUAGGAGCUUCGUUUAUAUUUGGAGAUUCUCUAGUCGAUGCUGGGAAUAAUAACUAUCUACCGACCUUGUCUAGGGCCAACAUGAAGCCUAAUGGUAUCGACUUCAAAGCCUCCGGAGGCAACCCUACCGGUCGGUUUACUAAUGGCCGGACCAUUGGUGACAUCGUUGGGGAAGAACUUGGAUCAGCCAACUAUGCUAUCCCAUUCUUAGCACCAAACGCUACCGGAAAAGCUUUACUAGCCGGUGUGAAUUACGCAUCCGGAGGAGGAGGAAUCAUGAAUGCAACCGGAAGAAUCUUUGUGAACAGAUUAGGUAUGGAUGUACAAGUCGAUUUCUUCAACACCACACGUAAACAAUUCGAUGACUUACUUGGAAAAGAGAAAGCAAAAGAGUAUAUAAGCAAGAAAUCAAUAUUCUCCAUCACAAUCGGAGCCAACGACUUCCUCAACAACUAUCUAUUCCCACUUCUCUCCGUUGGAACACGGCUCACUCAAACUCCUGAUAAUUUUAUUGACGACAUGCUCGACCAUCUUCGCGACCAACUAACCAGGUUGUAUCAAUUGGAUGCAAGAAAGUUUGUUAUCGGGAACGUUGGACCGAUCGGAUGCAUACCGUACCAGAAAACGAUUAAUCAACUAAAUGAAAAUGAGUGUGUAGAUCUGGCUAAUAAGCUAGCAAAUCAAUACAAUGUUCGACUUAAGAUUUUAUUAGAGGACCUAAACAAGAAGCUUCCCGGAGCAAUGUUCGUCCAUGCCAAUGUCUACGAUCUCGUCAUGGAACUCAUUACAAAUUACGACAAAUACGGGUUCAAAACGGCGACAAAGGCUUGUUGCGGUAAUGGAGGACAGUUCGCGGGUAUAAUACCGUGCGGACCGACAUCGAGUAUGUGCGAGGAAAGGGAUAAGUAUGUGUUUUGGGAUCCUUAUCAUCCGAGUGAAGCAGCCAAUGUUAUCAUUGCGAAGCAAUUGUUGUAUGGUGAUGUUAAAGUCAUCUCUCCGGUUAAUCUCAGUAAACUUAGAGAUAUGUGAUUUGAUUGUUUGGAGAUUCCACACUUCAUUUCUUCCAUUUACGGUUUGCUUUACGCAAAGUUAAAAACCGAUCUUUGUAUGUAAAUGUAUGUGAUUAGCUUUAAUUUAAGUGAGAA